AUGUCUAACUACUCUACAGCAAAAGUCAUACAUGGAGAUCUUACUCGUCGGAUGAAGCUAAGUCAACCCCGGACCGCCUCUCCCACGCUGCCUCGAAAGCAUUCAAAGAUGCAAAGAAGGAGGGCAUUUCCACCAAUGGACACAUAUCUCUUGAGAAAGAAGGCAGGCAAUCACGUUGAAAUGGUCCAACAGCGACCUCUCAUAAUAGGGCAGCAUCACGGUGAAGUUGUUCCUCCAGGCUAUCCCUCAAUGAGUUUUGCAAAGCAUAGAGGACAAGCAAACUCGGAGGAGCCUAAUCUACAAUUCUGA